UCAUUUAUAAUCAAGAAAUGGACACACCAAUUGGUAAGGAUCUCACAAAUUAAGUGAUUGGGAAGGUUUAUAAAUUAAUAAAAAGAGUUGGGAGCGGUGCUUUUGGAGAAAUAUAUUUGGUUGCUAAAGGAAAAGAAGAAUAUGCCAUGAAACUAGAAAGAAGUGAUACGAAACAUCCAUAAAUAUUUUUUGAGGCCAAAUUGUAUAACUAUUUGCAAGGAUCUGAUCCUAAUGAUAAAGGUAUUUGAAUUAUUAACUCAAAGCCAGGAAUUCCUAGAAUAUAUGCUUAAGGUUAAGACGGUGAUUAUAAUUACAUCGUCAUGGAUUUACUGGGUUAAAGCUUAGAAGAAUUAUUUAGUAAAAAUAACAAAAGACUUUCACUCAAGACUGUAAUUUGUACCCUCUAUGAUUUAGGUGCUGAUGUUGGGUGAUCAAAUGAUUUAACGGAUUGAAUACAUUCAUACAAAAUAAUUUCUACAUCGCGAUAUCAAGCCAGACAACUUUCUAAUUGGUUUAGGUAAGAAAGCAACUCGGGUUUACAUACUUGAUUUCGGGUUAGCUAAGAGAUAUUUAACUAAGGAAGGCCACAUUCCUUAUAGAGAAGGCAAGAGUUUAACUGGAACUGCUCGUUAUGCUUCUGUCAACACUCAUUUAGGUUUGGAGUAAUCAAGGAGAGAUGAUCUUGAAUCACUGGGUUAUGUGCUUAUGUAUCUGCUGAGAGAUUAAUUGCCUUGGCAAAAUAUGAAAGCUAACAAUCAAAAGGAUAAAUAUUAAAGAAUUAUGGAGAAGAAACUUGAAACAUCUCCAGAUGCUCUUUGUAAAGGAUUUCCAAUUGAAAUGAGUUAGUAUUUGAAUUAUUGCAAGAAUUUAAAAUUUGAAGACAAACCAGAUUACAAUUAUUUGAGAGGUCUUUUUAAAGUAUAAAUUAUUAGUAUUUAAGGAUGCUUUUAAGAAGAUAGGUUUCGAAUGGGACUAUAAGUUUGAAUGGAUUAAGGAUGAAUCUCUUGUCAAAACCUAAUAGGAUAUACAAUCAGAAAAUAAGUUGAUGAUCAUGACUUAGCCAUUACAACAAUAACAAUAAGGAGUCAGACAAAAUGGCAUUGAGUCAGAUAAGAAGAUUGGAAAUAAUAAUAGUCAUCAUCUCAAUAUCAAUUCUCAAUAAUAAUCAGGACAAAGAAGACCCCAAUAACAGGCCAACAAAGCGUCAUAAUAGUUAUCAGUAGAGAAAAAAAGGACAACAUCCUAAAAUAAAUAGUUUAUUUAAUCUAAAGAGUUAGUCAAACCUGUAACACAAGUAUUAGCCCCAAAGAUUGUUACUACUAAAGAACCACCUAGAAAGUAUUGAAAAAUAUUGCAUUAUAUAAC